CAUUAAAUAAAAAAAAAAAACGGAAAAUGGCAUUUCUAAGGUCUCCGGCUACAGCGACAACCACAACAGCCAUAGCUUUCUUUGCUUUCUCUUCUUCCUCUUCUUUUAAGUCUCCACCCACCAAACCCCAAACCCUUUCUCCUUUCUCUUCACAACCUCUUUCACUUUUCUGCCAAAAUAGAUUGCCUAUUGUCAAGAACUUCGUCAUCCCACCUUCUGCUCUUCACAUGGACGCUCCUUCAUCUGAUCACAAACCUACCUCCCAGGUCUUGCCUGAGCUACUAAUCGAUGUUUGCUCGAUUGAGACAGAGUUCAUGGUGGACAUGAAGUGUGAGGGUUGUGUCAAUGCUGUCAAGAAUAAACUGCAAGCUGUUGAUGGAGUCAAGAAUGUUGAGGUGGACUUGACCAAUCAAAUAGUGAGGAUUUUGGGUUCUUCACCUGUGAAGACCAUGACUGAAGCUUUGGAGCAAACAGGGAGGAAAGCCCGUUUAAUUGGUCAAGGGGUACCUGAAGAAUUUUUAGUGCCUGCUGCUGUCGGCGAAUUCAAAGGUCCAGAUAUUUUUGGUGUGGUUCGCUUAGCUCAAGUGAAUAUGGAAUGUGCUAGGAUUGAAGCCAGCUUUAGUGGGUUGUCACCUGGAAAGCAUGGCUGGUCUAUCAAUGAAUAUGGUGAUCUGACAAAAGGUGCAGCUAGCACAGGAAAAGUGUAUAAUCCAACUACUGAAGGAACUGCUAAACAGCCUCUUGGCGACCUGGGAACAUUAGACGUCAAUGACGAAGGCAAUGCCACCUUCUCGGGAGUGAAAGAAAAACUGAGAGUUUCUGAUCUAAUUGGACGAUCCAUUGCAGUUUAUGGAACUGAAGAUAAAUCAGAUUCAGGUGUCACUGCAGCAGUAAUCGCUAGGAGUGCCGGGGUUGGUGAGAACAACAAAAAGAUUUGUUUGUGUGAUGGAACCACCAUUUGGGAGUCAACUAACAGUGAUUUUGUUGCCAGCAAAGUCUAAAUGUAAUAAAGUGAACUUAGUAUCCUUUAGCUAUAGCUCCUGGUGCUAGGAUGGUUGUCGUCAUCAUUUAAUCUGUGCUCAGGAGUUAACGCAAUAGUGAACAGUAAAUAAAUAAAAUGAGCCAAGCCCUCUUCUUUC